AUGGCCACUGAGAAACUGGGAAUCAAGAUCGAGAAGAACCCACCCGAAUCCAAGCUCACCCAACUCGGUGAUUUGGGUCAGGUCAUUUUCGGCGUGGGUGAUCUGAGGCGUGGGUGGGUGUCUGUGUCGCAAGUUCUUCAUCUUCCUGGGUUUGUCGGUGUGGGUGUCUUUGUCGCACGUUCUUCAUCUUCUUGGUCUUCGGCUUCAAUCUCCCUCUCUCGAAAGCUCUGGGGUCUUCGGCUUCAAAUCGACUCUCUUGAUUACUCUGGGAUUUCGUGGUCUUCAAGUCGAGCCGUGAGUAACUGGUCCAGCACGGUGGAUAUCAACUGGGCUCGGUGCGCAAUGGGCAUUGAAAAAGGGGAAGAACACUCAAACCCGCUAACACCAUCUCACGCAAACACCCAUACCUCAGACAUCCCUCAAACGGGUUUAGCAAACUUUCCAAAUCCAAAUCACAUGCACAGUUACUAUGGACCAGUGCCUACAUGGUCACCAGCUUUUCUGCCAUAUCCAGAUGGCAGCCAAUAUCCCAGUAACAUUCAGAAUGUUGGUUACCCAUUUCAAUAUGGGUUUGGGCCUCCGACUCCUCACAUCGCUACAAGCUCCACAACGAGCGCAAGGGGUUGUUCAGAGAAUAGACCCGAUUGUAGGGAAACUGAAGUGCCAUGUACAAACUCAAUGGUUGAUGAAGAAAGUCAAGAGGAUAGACCCGAAUCACGGGAAACCGACGGUUGCACUACUGGUUCACCACAGUUAGUGCAAACGGAUGGUGAUGAUAUAAUUGAGGAGCCAAGGUCGGGGAUGGAAUUCAAUUCUUUUGAAGAUUUACAUAUCUAUUAUAAGGAUUAUGCUAAGAAAAGCGGGUUUGGGGUGAUGACACAAAGGAGUGAGAGGGGAGAUGAUCAAAGUAUCAGAUAUGUCACUCUUGGUUGUGCCCGUGGAGGGAAGGCCCGGGUUAAGAGUUUGAACGUCGCAGCACCACGCCCGACGGGAAAGACGGAUUGUAAGGCAAGGAUUAAUGCCUUAAAGGUUGAUGGAAAGAUGCGGUUGACAACAGUCCAUAAUACACAUAAUCACGGCCUCAGUCCAAAGAAAGCUCGCUUCUUUCGUUGUAACAGAGAAGUGAGUGAGACUGUAAAAAGAGUCCUAUAUACAAACGACUUGGCUGGGAUCCGGAUGAAUAAGAGUUUCGGAUCUCUUGUCGUUGGUGCAGGUGGCUUCGAGAACCUCCCGUUUUUGGAAAAGGAUUGUCGCAAUUAUAUAGACAAGGCACGUCAUCUACGACUUGGUGCAGAUCCACGCAGUAGGGCGGCCUACCAGUAUUUCGGUGAUGUCGUCACAUUCGACACCACAUAUCUCACGAAUAGAUAUAGGAUGCCAUUUGCACCAUUUGUUGGUGUCAACCACCACGGACAAUCCAUUCUUUUGGGAGCGGGGUUGAUUUCAAGUGAGGAUACAGAGACCUUUACAUGGUUAUUCCAGACCUGGUUGCAGUGUAUGGAUGGUAUACCUCCAAAAGCUAUUAUUACUGAUCAAGAUAGAGCAAUGAAAAACGCAAUUGCUAUUGUCUUUCCAGAAAGUCGGCAUAGAUUCUGUUUAUGGCAUAUACUGAAAAAAGUUUCCGAGAAGCUUGGGUCAUAUGCUGCCUACAAAAGUGGACUAAAAAGUCACCUAAUGAAAUCUGUGUACGACACUCAAACAAUUGAGGAGUUUGAGAAAUGUUGGGAUGGGUUACUUAACACAUAUGAUUUACAUGAGAAUGUCUGGUUGAAAAGUUUAUAUGAUGAGCGUCACCAUUGGGAGUUUGUCGACCAGUUUGACAGUGCGCUGAGGAAGAAAAUUGAGAAUGAAAACAAUGCAGACUUCCACACAUUUAGUGUCACCAUUCCCUGUAUAUCUAGAUCUCCAAUUGAGAAGAGAUUUCAAGAGUUGUACACGAAUUCUAAAUUUAGGGAAGUCCAGCAGCAAGUAAUGGGUGUGCUCGAUAUGGAUCCUUGUCUACUCAGUGAGGAUGGUGUAAUGAAAACAUAUCUGGUGGAAGAUGAAGUUCGUGUUGAAGAGUUCACUAAACUUGUGUCCUAUACAGUUAACUUCAAUGUGGAAGACUGCGAUGGAAAGUGUUCAUGUGGGUUAUUCGAGAUGAGGGGGAUAUUGUGUAGGCAUAUUUUAGCCAUCUUCAAAGCUAACGGUAUAAAGUUAUUACCAGACCGGUACAUUUUAGAUCGAUGGAGAAAUGACAUCAAGAGGAGAUACACGUUAAUCCACAGUAGCUAUGAUGCUAGGGAUCAGAGGCCAGAUGGUAAUAGAUAUUCAAGUUUGUUAAAUAUAUGUUAUCAGAUGAUAACUUAUGCAGCGGGAUCCAGUGAGCAGUUUGAAGAUGCAAAAAAGAAGUUAUAUUCAAUGAUUGACCUCUACCGUGAGAAUCAACACCCCCCAUCUAUGACCCAAACAGGUUCAAAUGCUGGUUUUACAACAUUGGACACAAAUGCUGGUGGUAGUUCAAAACCCGUACUAAGUCCAAAUGUUGUGCGAGGGAAAGGAAGACCUCCAUCUCUAAGGAGAGCAUCCAGGAUGGAGAAAGACAUGCGGAAGGUUAAAGCCAAGCAAAAAAAAGCACCAGUCAAAGGGAAACGUAAACAGCGAGAUGAAGGAGAUACACCACUCCCGGAUGUGUGUAGAAAUUUAUUUCGCCCAUCAGAUGUAGAUAUCACCAGUCCUAGACAAAUGCAGCCUGUUCGAGACAGUGGAACCCAGCUCCAGGAAACAGUGAUUGCAAGUCAAGAAAGUAUACAGUUUGGGUUGGAUGGAGAUCAACCGGUACAACAUGGGUUCGAUGGAUCACAACCUGAGCAACUGGAUUAA